AUGGGACAAAAAUCGAGGUCCAAAGGGUGCUGUGGUUGGUUCCUUGCGCUUCUGAUUCUGGCUCUGGUUGUCGGUGCUGUUGUUUUUACCAUUAGGAAGAAAUUUGGUCACUCCGAUAAGCCAGCUCCGGUUCCGGGCCCCCCUGGAGCUAUCGAACAAAAAUAUGCCUCUGCUCUCAAAACCGCAAUGCAAUUCUUCGAUGUACAAAAAUCUGGCAAGUUAGUAAACAACAAGAUAACUUGGAGAGGGGAUUCAGCUCUUAAGGAUGGGAGCCAAGCAAAUUUAGAUCUAUCAAAAGGAAUGUAUGAUGCUGGUGAUCACAUGAAGUUUGGUUUUCCGAUGGCUUUUACUGCCACGGUUUUAUCGUGGGCCAUUCUGGAAUAUGGAGAUCAAAUGGAUGCUGUUGGCCAGUUGGAACCGGCACAAGGUUCGCUCAAGUGGAUCACUGAUUAUCUCAUCAAUGCUCACCCUUCUGCGAAUGUUCUUUAUAUUCAGGUGGGUGAUCCUGUUGCAGAUCACAAGUGUUGGGAUAGACCUGAAACCAUGACUGAGGAACGGCCACUCACACAGGUGAACUCAUCUUGUUCUGGAUCAGACGUUGCAGCUGAAACUGCAGCAGCCAUGGCCUCAGCAUCUUUGGUCUUUAAAACGACAGAUUCUACAUAUUCAAGCACUCUCCUCAAGCAUGCAAAACAGUUGUUUACUUUUGCUGACAAGAAUAGAGGAUCUUAUAGUGAGAAUAUACCUGAAGUACAGACAUAUUACAACUCAACUGGAUAUGGUGAUGAGCUUUUAUGGGCAGCUAGCUGGCUUUAUCAUGCUACAGAUGAUGAUACUUACCUUCAGUAUGUGACUGGCCAAAAUGGAGAAGACUUUGCUCAGUGGGGAAGUCCAACCUGGUUCAGUUGGGACAACAAGCUUGCUGGAACUCAGGUUCUGUUAUCAAGACUAACCUUUUUUAAGACAAAGGACAUUUCAAAUUCAUAUAGCUCUGGUCUCCAAAGUUACAGGAAAACAGCUGAGGCUGUAAUGUGUGGCCUUCUUCCAGAUUCUCCAACGGCCACAAAAAGCAGAACAGAUAAUGGUCUUAUAUGGGUGAGCGAUUGGAACUCUCUGCAGCAUCCUGUUGCUUCUGCAUUCUUAGCUGCUCUUUACAGUGACUAUAUGCUUACAUCGCAGACUCCAAAACUAAAAUGUGAUUCAGAUUCCUUUACACCAUCAGAUCUUCGAGACUUUGCCAGAUCUCAGGCUGAUUACGUGCUGGGCAAGAAUCCUUUGCAUACGAGUUUUCUAGUGGGAUAUGGAGAUAAAUUCCCACAAUUCGUACAUCAUAGGGGGGCUUCAAUUCCUGUUGGCUCAAAAACUAGCUGUAAAGAUGGCUUCAAGUGGCUUGACUCACCUGAUCCUAAUCCCAAUGUAGCUACUGGAGCACUUCUUGGUGGACCCUUCUUAAAUGAGACUUACAUUGAUUCCAGGAACAAUUCCAGGCAAGCAGAACCAAGCACAUAUAACAGUGCUGUCAUAAUCGGCCUCUUAUCAAGUUUAGUCACCACAUCUUCUGCCGUUCAAUCCUUUACCUAAGCUCUAGCUUCCUCUCCGUCCUCAUAUCUGCCCAAAAAUAGUUGACAAAGAUUUGUGUUUUAUGAAUCUUUAUUCAUUUCCCAAUCCUGACGAAUGAAAAGUUUUAAAAGCAUGGAACAUUAUAUUGUGACGAUAUGCUUGAUUGUAUGGGUGUAAACUGUGGCGUCUGGAUAGGUUAAUAGUAAACAAAUUGGCGUGAAGUUUUAUUUG